AUGUCUGAUGAUGCGGAUCUGGAAGACCAGUUGGAACGAAUUGCCGAUGCACUUGGUCGUCCGUUGAAGGAGAUUAGGGAAAGGUAUGAAUUGCUCGCACUUGACAUUAAAAAUAUUGAAGAAGGUCCUGCUCCAGAUUUCAUUGGCGAUUGGGUUCCAGAGCCAAUUGCUAAAGGCUCUACUAGUUCACAAAAAAACACAAAGAAGACCUCUCCUAAUCAAAGUGAGAAAAAAGUACCAUGGACUACAGAAGAACACCUGAAGCUUCUUGAGGGUAUUAAGAAACGUGGCAAAGGACAAUGGAAACAAAUCUCAAGUGAAUUUGUCAAAACAAAAACUCCAACUCAAAUUGCUAGUCAUGCUCAAAAGUUAUAUCUUCACCGGAAUGGUACACCAAAAAGGAGAAAAAGAACAAGCAUCUAUGACCUAACCAUUGAUGAUAUUGACUUGGUUCCUCAACAAAACCAAGUUCCUCAAUUGAAUGCUCCAUUGCAGCAAAAUUGGGCACAAUUGGAUGCUCCAAUGCAGCAAUUAUCCUCUCAGCAAAAUCAAGUUGAUGCAUUGGACUUUCCACUGCAGCAAAAUGGGGAUCCUCCUUUGAAUUUUCCACAUCAAGUAUACCCUCAGCAUUAUUGUACUACUCCUUGGAAUGUGCAGCAACUAUCCUAUCAGCAAAAUGGGCAUCCUCCUAUGAAUUUUCCGAUGCAACCAUCACAAGAAAUACAACAAAGUGAUUUGGCCUCUCAACAAUAUUUGGUUCCUCCUUUGGAUGCUCCAAUGCAGCAAUUGCAAGAAACGCAACACACCUUAGGGGAUAGUGCCUUGGCCUCUGAGCAACAUGUGGUUCCUACUUCAGAAGUAAUGCCAAUGCAGCAAUUGCAAGAAAGGCCUCAAGAACAUCAAGCUAUCGAUUCAAGACAUUAUGCUUGGAAACCCGUUGGCAACCAUGGACGUUAG